GAGAGGCGGGGCCGAAGGCGGGGCCCCGGUCCGGCCCACGAGUGCCCUUGUGCCUCCUGGAGAUGCUGGCGUCUUGAGGCCCGCAGAAGAGGAUAACACCCGGACCGCGCACAAGCCAGCCGCCAGCUUCGAGUGCUCUGCCCGCUGCAAAGGCCAUCGUCACUAUGGCUCCCGGAGAGAAGAUCAAAGCCAAAAUCAGAAAGAAUCUUCCGGUGCGAGGCCCGCAGGCACCGACCAUCAAGGACCUGAUGCAGUGGUACUGCCUAAACACCAACACCCACGGCUGCCGCCGCAUCGUGGUGUCCCGUGGCCGCCUCAGGCGCCUCCUGUGGAUCCUGUUCACACUGACCGCAGUGGCCCUUAUACUCUGGCAGUGUGCCCUCCUCGUCAUCUCCUUCUACACCGUCUCAGUCUCCAUCAAAGUCCACUUCCGGAAGCUGGACUUCCCUGCUGUCACCAUCUGUAACAUGAACCCCUACAAGCGCAGUGCUGUGGGCUACCUUCUGGCUGAUUUGGACAAAGAAACCAAUUCGGCCUUGGAGUCCCUGUACGGCUUUUCAGAGGCUAAGCCUCGGGAACGCCGGGAAACAAGGUCCCGGAGUUCAGCCUGGGAAGGCACAACACCCAGGUUCCUCAACCUGAUUCCGCUGCUGGUCUUCAAUAAGGAUGAGAAGGGCAAAGCCAGGGACUUCUUCACCGGCCGGAAGCGGAAAAUUAGUGGGAACAUCAUUCAUAAGGCUUCCAAUGUCAUGCAUGUCCAAGACUCCAAGAAGUUGGUGGGGUUCCAACUGUGUUCAAAUGACACCUCCGACUGUGCCACCUACACCUUCAGCUCAGGGCUCAAUGCCAUCCAGGAGUGGUACAAGCUGCACUACAUGAACAUCAUGGCGCAGGUGCCUCUGGAGAAGAAGGUCAACAUGAGCUACUCUGCUGAGGAGCUGCUGGUUACCUGCUUCUUCGAUGGCGUGUCCUGCGAUGCCAGGAACUUCACACUUUUUCACCACCCAAUGUAUGGGAAUUGCUACACAUUCAACAACCAAGAGAAUGCGACCACCCUCAGCACCUCCAUGGGGGGCAGCGAGUAUGGGCUGCAGGUCAUCUUGUACAUAAAUGAAAACGAGUACAACCCCUACCUGGUGUCCUCCACUGGGGCGAAGGUGCUCAUCCACCAGCAGGACGAAUACCCCUUCAUCGAGGACGUGGGGACAGAGAUCGAGACGGCCAUGUCCACCUCCAUAGGAAUGCAUCUGACGGAAUCCUUCAGGCUGAGUGAACCCUAUAGCCAGUGCACAGAGGAUGGUAGUGAUGUGCCCGUCACAAACAUCUACAACGCUGCUUACUCCCUUCAGAUCUGCCUGUACUCGUGCUUCCAGACAAAGAUGGUGGAGACGUGUGGAUGUGCCCAGUACAGCCAGCCUCUACCUCCAGCAGCCAAUUAUUGCAACUACCAACAGCACCCCAACUGGAUGUACUGUUACUACCAACUGUACCAGGCCUUUGUCCAGGAAAAGCUAGGCUGCCAGUCAGUGUGCAGGGAGACCUGCAGCUUUAAGGAGUGGACCCUGACCACCAGCCUGGCACAGUGGCCGUCUGAGGUUUCUGAGAAAUGGUUGCUGAAUGUUCUCACCUGGGACCAAGGCCAGCAAAUAAACACAAAGCUCAACAAGACUGACCUGGCCAAGCUAUUGAUAUUCUACAAAGACCUGAACCAGAGAUCCAUCGUGGAGAGCCCGGCCAACAGUAUUGAGAUGCUUCUGUCCAACUUUGGUGGCCAGCUGGGCCUGUGGAUGAGCUGCUCUGUCGUCUGUGUCAUUGAGAUUAUUGAAGUCUUCUUCAUCGACUCCUUGUCCAUCAUUGCCCGUCACCAGUGGCAGAAAGCCAAGGAAUGGUGGGCUCGGAGGCAGGCACCUUCCAGCCCUGAGGUUCACCCCAGGCAGCGGGGCCAGGACAACCCAGCCCUUGAUAUAGAUGAUGACCUGCCCACUUUCACCUCUGCUAUGCGCCUGCCUCCAGGCCCGGGGGCCCAGGUGCCUGGCACACCUCCCCCCAGGUACAACACCUUGCGUUUGGAGAGGGCCUUUUCUACCCAGCUCACAGAUACCCAGCUGCCCAGUGAACCCUGAGGCAGGGUUGGGAACAAGCUAGUCAGUGCCAUAGCUGUGGUCUGAGGAGAUCCCAUCUCCUAGACACAGAGGAACCCUCCUGUCCCCACUGCGGGCUUCUGACACAUGGACUAAGAGCCUGCUGUGAACAAGACAGGCCUGGGCCUGGGCAGAAGGAACUGGUGAGCCCAACCCCAACACUCCUAACCUAUAGGAUGAGCUAGAGCCUGUGUCCUGGACUUGACACAUCUGUAUUAGAGUCGACAGUAAUGUUCCAGGCAGGGCCAGUGGUAAACUCUUCUCUAGAUCUUGAGAGAGAAGGAUGCUUCCAAAGCCUGGGGCCCAGGGAUUUGCCCAUACCUCCAGCCUCAGUCGCAGCCCCAGAAGUGACAGGUCACUUCUGCCAUGACAGAAGGAAAUGGAUGGGAGCUGUUAGUGAAUAAGCUGACCUCAGUCAUUAACACUGGGGCAAGGUGUCCUCUGAGCCUUUCGGCAGACAGCUGGCCCAGGGCCUGGAAACAUGUUUGGAGAGGGUGCAGUGGAGGGAGGCAGAGGGGUGUGGCAGAAAGUCUCCAGGCUGGGACUAGGUGGGGCAGUACUCUGAGUGGAGAAGGGCCAGUUAAAGGGCACAGCUGGAUACUGCCAAAUGGUGUUCCCCAAACCCUCCUUCAGCUGCUCUUCCUACUGGCCAGCUCAGCACCACCCCAACACGGACCCCUACGCUACCCCCAAAUGCCUAACCUUCACCCCAGACAGCCUGCUUUGAAACGUGUGUACCUUGCAAGUUCAGUAUCAGUCCAAGAGUGAUGUGCUAGGCUAGGCACUUGUGUAACUUACACUGGGGAUAGUAGCAGUGUGGAAGCUCAAUCCUGGUUUUGGCCUGAGAACUGAGAGUGUGUGUAUUUUUUAUCAUUUUUACAUAGCUAAUAUAUAUACAUAUCAAAAGGAAUAUUUUGUGACUUGUGAAGAUAUGAGAUUCAAAUGUCAGUGUCUAUGAAUAAAGUUCUUUGGCCAUUCAUUUA